CUCGGCGAUGGUUUUCAACGAGUUACAGGACGCGCAGUCUCAAGUCGAGGCCUUGCUAGUGCUCACGGUCGAGCUGGAGCAGCGAGAAGCUUGUCAAAGAGGAGAGAAUGUCGACAAUUAGAAGCUGAUGAUAUGUACGAUCACUAGGGGGUGGGGGGGGGCUUCUGUGGUCGUGAAUCGAGUUCCGCCUUGGUUUCUCUCCCGAUUUGAGCUGCAGGUUGAAGACAAACCUUUCGCUCGUGAGCCGAUGGAUUUGAUGUAUCGUGGUGUGUGGGGUGCAGGCAACAAGAGUGGCGUUGAAGCGCUAUUCCGAGGUCGACUCGAUGCAGAUCAACGAACGUACCAGACAGAAUAUCGGGGCGGAGUUGGAGCAAUGCUAUAAACUGGUGCAUCCAAACGUGGUGAGAAUCUAAGGUGCAUCACACGUGAGCUCUCCGCCUUUCAUCAUAUGGGAAGACGAGGUGCAUUUUGAGAUGUCGGGAGCCAAGCUGAGUGACUACGGCUUGGCAACUCUACGGGCUAAUGCUACACCUCUAUCGAGUAAUUUGCGGUGGAGUGCUCCUGAGUGUCUGCUUCAAAGAGCUACGGUCGCAUCGGACGUGCAUUCGUUUGCGAUGUGUCUGAUAGAGAUAGAGACCGGCGAGCUGCCCUUCGCUUUCCUCGAUGACGACGACGUCCGUCAUAACCAAAGACACGACGAGAUCCCGAACCGCCCCAGCAGCAUGAGGGAUGACGCGGCGGAACUGGUUCGAUCCAUGACGGACUCGGAUUCUGGGAGACGCGUGUCGUUAGACCACGUCAUUGCCGAGAUGAAAAGAUUGGCUGACCUGGCUGCUGCUGCCACGUGCAGUGUGUGCUUGUCCGAGAUCGCGACUGACUCCCGGCUCUGUUCGCAAUGCGGGACCCGGGUGGAUAACACUGCGCGUAUGAGCCCACGGCUUCGGAGCGUACGUGUAAACUUGCAAGCAGAAGACAAUUCCGUAGCGGAGGUCCUGGAUGCCGUGCGACGUGGUAGCUCAGAUCAACAACAAGCGCUGAUUCUGCUACUGGAAAUAUGUCUGGAUGAUACACAGCGCAGAGAGAUCUACGAGACGGACGGAGUUGGAGAACUCAAAGCCCUCAAAGAAUUCAUUCGCGAUGUCACUUCGGACGAAUGCACAUCGCUUGUGAAUGACCUACGCAACGGAGGAGAAGAGGAGAAGCUGAAGGCGAUCGUGUACUGCGCUGGAAUCGCGGGGGCAAAAGCGAGUCAAAGUCUGCCAAACUCCGGUGUUGUGGCUAAGGAGCGUGCAGCGGCCUCACUGGGCUGGUAUUCCAAGAGCGAAGCAGAUGCUUGGCUCAUCGUGAAGCAGACGGCGAUCCCGCUGCUUGUCGCGUCCACACAGUCCAGUUCCGAGGAGCUGAAGGCAAGCGCAACCGCCACGCUAUCUAGUCUCGGUGCAGUUGAAAGCAUCUGCCCUGUGCUCGCGAAAGAGGGGGCGAUCGCACCUUUGACCAGGCUUCUUCGAACCGAGGAUGAAGAGCAGAAGCGAAACGCCGCGAGUGCUCUGGCCAAUGUUGCUGUAAACAAUACAAGCAACUGCGAAGAAAUAAUGGACGAAGGAGGGAUGGAUCCCUUAGUGGAGAUAUUGCGAGGUGGAACUGGAAAAGUAUUGGAAAAUGCAGUAUUCGUGGUAGGCAGUAUUGCUGGCUGCAGUAAGCGCCACUGCAAGGCUGUCGAGAAGCUCGGAGUCGUUCCGCUUUUGGUGAAGAUGCUGCACGAUGGCGAUUUGGAGCUGAAGGAGCAUGCUGCGUUUGCGCUGGAAGGGCUUACAAGAUCUAGCGAGACCGCCUUGGCAGCCACCUCGGACUUAAUUGAGUUGCUCCGUGCUGUAAAAGAGUUUGGACGGGUUGCUGAUGACAUUGCCAGAAAGAAAAUAACACGAUGUGGCGGUGUGUCGGCUCUUCUGGGGCUUGUACAGUCCGACAGCGACGUGCUGAACGAUGAAGCCGCGUUUGCUUUGACUUGCGUCACUUAGAUCAAGCCCGUCAGAAACGUUAUCAAGGAAGAAGGAGGCAUUAAAGUGGUCAGAGCUCUUUGUCGCCGCGGAACGAGUUACCAGAAACGCAUUGCAGCGGAAGUGUUAUCCAUUUUGGAUAGAAGCUGCCACCCCAUUAAGAAACGAGCGCGUCGUGGCAAGGCGAGAAAAGGAGACCUCGUGCAAUGGCGACUGCUGCUCCGUGUGCGAUUCCAGAUCUCUGUAAAAGAAAAGAGAAAACGAUACGGUUAGAUGGAUAUCAGGCAAGUAAGUAGACACGAGACAUACAGGAUCU